UGUGUUUGUUACUUGUUGGAGGUUGCUUUUUAUUUUGCUAAUACAUGCAUAAAGUCUAUCCACCCUGCUUUCCAGUGGUCUAGGCUCAUGAAUUCAGGGGCACAAGUUCUAAAGAUUGUUGUCUAGUACCAGUGUCAAAGAUUUUCUGGGGUAUCAUUCAAUUCUCUAAUUUGGAUGCACUUGAAGUAUAUCAGGUGACAAGUAAGGUUUUUGUUGAAUACCCGGCUUUUUUCAUAUAUACUAAGUGAUGAUGCUGUCAACAAAAUCUGAAUCCGACAUAACUAGCUUAGCCCCAUCUUCACCUUCAAGAUCUCCAAAGCGCCCUGUGUACUAUGUACAGAGUCCUUCGAGGGACUCUCACGAUGGGGACAAGUCAUCUUCAAUGCAGGCCACUCCAAUAUCAAACAGCCCCAUGGAGUCACCUUCACACCCUUCUUUUGGGCGUCACUCCAGGAACUCAUCUGCUAGCAGGUUUUCUGGGAUUUUCAGGUCAUCUUCUGGAAGGAAAGGUAAUAGAAAGAGGAAUGAUAAGGGAUGGCCUGAGUGUGACGUGAUUCUUGAAGAAGGGUCUUAUCAUGAAUUUGAGGACAAGGCUUUCACUAGGCGCUUCCAAGCCUUGAUUGCUGUUCUUACUUUUGUGGUUGUCUUCUCUGUGUUUUGCUUGAUCAUAUGGGGUGCUAGCAGGCCUUACAAGGCAGAAGUUACUGUCAAGAGCUUGACAGUACAUAAUCUCUAUGUUGGAGAGGGUUCAGACUUCACUGGUGUCCCAACAAAGAUGCUGACAGUUAAUGGCACUUUACGCAUGAGCAUCUAUAACCCUGCUACAUUUUUUGGCAUCAAUGUAUACUCCAACCCCAUCAAUCUUGUCUUCUCAGACAUCACGGUUGCAACUGGUGAGCUGAAGAAAUACUAUCAGCCAAGAAAAAGUCACCGUAUUGUAUCAGUGAACCUGGAAGGUAAUAAGGUUCCUCUGUAUGGGGCUGGAUCCACCAUAACAGUAUCCCAAACUGGUGUUGAAGUUCCACUUAAAUUGAAGUUUGAAAUCCGUUCCCGAGGAAAUGUGGUGGGUAAACUGGUAAGGACGAAGCAUCAUAAGGAAAUCACUUGUCCCUUGGUCAUCAACUCUUCUGGAUCAAAACCAAUCAUGUUCAACAAGAAUUCAUGCACAUUCGACUGAUCCAUUUCCAUUUUAGGAGUUCAUCUGUCUUGAGAUUGUAACUUCAAAUUUGUAUAAUCUACAGUUUGUGAGUGUUUCCGAGUUUCAGGAAGUCCAUUUACAAGAGGAGCAAAAUGUGCACUUGGAAAAUCCUUCCUACAUAAACUUGUUACUCUUGUGAGCCUCAUGCAAAUAAAUGCUUGUAAAUUUGUACAUGCAUGCAUA